ACAACUCAAAAAUGUUUUUUUUCGAAAAAAGUCUGUCGACGGGAAAGGACUGUCGCUCGGCGUCGCAAAAAUGGCAAAAAUUACAUAGAUACUGUUAGACGGGAACGAAAUCAUGUCGCACGUUGCCAUUGCCAUUGUUGUUGAGUUUCCGGUCAGGAGUGGAAGGCAGCGCCAGCUUGAUUUUGAUUUCAAAUCUCAAAUUCUUCAAAUCUAGUCUCUCGUUAAAGAAAAAAGCGUGAAAAAAUAAGAGAAAUAAAUAAAAAUAAUAAUCGUAAAUCGUAAAUUUUUGUGGCAAGCCGUCAGUAAAUCAUUAAAUUAAUAGCCUCACCAACACACACACCCACUCACACACACACACGCAGGCACACAGCUGUUGUGCGGACAGAAAGUGGAGAAAGAAGAAGAAGAAGGAAGUGAAAUUGGCGGCAGUUUGACCGCAACAACAAUAACAACAACAACAACAACAACCAACAAACACUAUUGCAACAAACAAACAAACACACGCUCAUUGAUUCGCGUUCGUCAUCAGUCGUCGGUUGUGCCUCCCCCUACACCACCCCCCUCCGUGGCAUUGUGACAUUUGAUUUAUUUGACGUGUGUGUUUUUGAUAGAAGCUCAACACGAAACUGACACGCACACACACACACACACCCAUACCAUCUCUCUCUCACGAAUGGCUCAAGAAUUUAUUUGUUGAACAAAAAUCGAAAAAAAAAAAAAAAAAACGAAAAUAAAAUUCAAAUCUUUUCAAACCAAGUGCGUUUGUUGUUUCGCGUAUGUUUGAUGUGAAAAGUGACAAGGCGAGGGGAACUGAACAGAACAGAACAGAACAGAACAGUAUAGAAUAGAAUAGACUCCAUCGCUAUCAAUGGCCAGACGAAAUUAAUUGCCAAACAGCUUCUAUAAUCUACAUAUAACUAGUACCAGAGAGACCCCCGAAUCCUAAUCUUCAACAAAAUGAUGCUACACGAGGCUGUCAUGCUGGAAAUCUACCGCCAGGCACUGAGUGCAAGGUCCCUUGUUUCCCCAAAUUUCAGUGAGCUGGCCAGCCCGCGAUGCCAAUCCCGGGAAUCGAAUGCCUCGGCGGGCGGGGCCGGGGGCGGGGGAGUGGGAGUGCUGCCCAGCGAUGUCCGCUGCCCCUCGAACGAGUCCCACUGCUCGGCCAACGACUGCCUCACCCCGGCGCCCACCCCCACUCCCACGGCCACGCCCACCUCGCCCCAUCCCGUGGGCCUGCCCCUGACGGCGACACUUCCCCCCGCCGCUGCCGCUGCCCUGUUGCCGCCCCAGUCCGCGGCAAUGGCUGCCUACCUGGCGGCCGCCCAGCAGAAUCACCUGCUGCUCACGAAUCCCCUGGCGGCGGCCGCCUCCCUGGUCCAGCAGGCCACCCAGCAGGCGGGCGAGUCCCCGCCAGCCCUGGACUUCAGCAGGAAGCGGGCCAGCAGCGAGGGUGAGGACGAGGAGGAGGAGGAGGAGCCGGAGCAGGGCCACCACCCAGAGGCCGACCAAGAUGUCCAGGGAGACACUGGGCCGCUGGACCUGUCGGUGAGCACGCGGAAGAGGCAGGGGCCACCCGAUUCCCCGCCAGCCAGGAAGGUGCCGCGAAGCAUCUCGGCCGACUACAAGUCCCCCCUGCCCCCCGGCAGCUGGGUGCCGCCCAUCAACCCCUACCUGGCAGCGGUGGCGGCCAAAACCGGAGGUCUGGGCAACCCGAAACUGGGGCCAAGUGAAGCCAGCAAGGCGCUGGAGAAGAUGAGCGAAAUGAGUCGACUGGAGACGCCGCCACCAGGUAGCCACCGGAACUCAGCGGGAGUCCCCAACACAUCAACGUCGUCGUCGGGAUCCGGAGGAUCGGCGGCCGGCGGAGGCACCAGUUCCGGUGGCCGACACAGCGCCUGGCAGUCCCACUGGCUGAACAAAGGAGCCGACACGGCCAAGGACGUGUUCAAGUGCGUGUGGUGCAAGCAGAGCUUCGCCACCCUGGCCAGCCUCACCACCCACAUGAAGGAGACGCAGCACUGCGGCGUCCAGAUACCAUCGCCCUCCGCCUCGGCAGGAGCUGGUGGCGCCUCGAGUGGUGCUCCUCCCGCCUCGCGACUGCCCGCCUCCACCUCGAACUCGGCCUGCUCCAGCAGCAGCAGCUCCACCUCCAGCUCCUCCAACUCCUCCAAGUCGGAGCUGAACAUGCUGAUCAAGGAGACGAUGCCGCUGCCCAGGAAACUGGUGCGCGGCCAGGACGUCUGGCUGGGCAAGGGGGCGGAGCAGACGCGCCAGAUCCUCAAGUGCAUGUGGUGCGGCCAGAGCUUCCGUUCGCUGGCCGAGAUGACCAGCCACAUGCAGGAGACCCAGCACUACACCAACAUCAUAUCCCAGGAGCAGAUAAUAUCCUGGAAGUCGGGCGACGACCGGGAGCGGCCCUCCAACGGCAGUCAGGGUCCAGGAGGUGCUCCUUCGGCAGCUGCCUCGGCCGCUUCCGCCCCCUCCAGUGCCACGGCCGCGGCGGUGAGUGCCGUGCUGACCUGCAAGGUGUGCGACCAGGCCUUCGGCACCCUCAAGGAGCUCAGCAGCCACAUGGCCCAGCAGUCGCACUACAAGGAGUCGCCCUCCUCCUCCGUGUCCCCGCCGGCACCGGGCGCGGGCAACUCGAAGAGGGCCCGCCAGAAUCGCAACGAGAAGCGCAAGAAAUCCCUGCCGGUCCGGAAGCUCCUCGAGCUGGAGCGCUCCAGCUCGAACUCCAGCCUGGACUCGGCCCUGAAGCCGUUGCGGGACUUCGCGGCCGCCACGAAGAUCACCUGCGAGAAGUGCGGCAGCAAGAUAGAGACGGCGCUGUUCGUGGAGCACAUCCGGAAGUGCCUGGGCGAGAGCAUACCGAUCCCGCCCAGGAGGCCGGCCCAGGAUCGCAUGCCCAGCCCCAACGCUGGACUGGGGGGGGAAAAGCCGCCGUCGGUGCUGAACGCCCUGGAGCAGCUCAUCGAGAAGAGCUUCGAGUCGAGGGGCGGAGGACGCAGUCUGGGCACUCCUGGUGGCUACUCCGAGACCGGCACUCCACUGGGCGCCAGCAUCCUGAAGCGCUUGGGCAUCGACGACAGCAGCGACUACACCAAGCCGCUGAUGGACGCCCAGGCGAUGCACAUGAUGCGCUCCUCUUACGCCUCCCGGGACCGCAGUGCCAGCGAAUCGAGCUCCGCCAGCCGGGUGGAGUCCUCCUACACCCCGGACAGGCAACAGGCCACGCCCCGUAGGACUCCGGACACGCCAGCGCCACCACCUCCGCCGCCGCCACCGCCCACCACGAUCAAGGCGGAGCCGAUGGAGGCGGAGCAGCAGGCGGGAGCCGAGGAGCGAGAGGGCGGCACCUCCAGUCCCCGGCAGCACAUCCAGGUGAAGAAGGAGUUCUCCAUGGAGGCGAGUCGGGAGAGUCCUCGGUCGGCCAGUGAGUCGCCGGCGCCGCAGACUGUCCCCGCCACAGUGGCGGACAGUGGCAGCCUCCUGGCCCUGAACUCCAUGUUCGAUCAGCUGAGCGGGGCGGAGACGAACAACAACAACAACACAGGACACUGCUACAACAACAACAACCCCUCGAGCCACAUCUCCUCGAAGAAGCCCAAGGCCCAUCCCCUGGCCGCUCUCCAAAAGCUGUGCGAGACCACAGACCCCCCCGCCUCGAACACUCGCAGUGCCCAGUCCUCCGCAGGAUCAGCGGCGGUCGCCUCCUCCUCGAACGGCAGCGACCUGGUGGCCUUCAGCUGGGCCUGCAACGAGGCCGUCCUCAGCGCCAGCAGCGGCGCCGGCGGCGACUCCUCCAUCAUCAAGUGCUCCUUCUGUGAUACGCCGUUCGGGUCGAAGGGCGCCUACCGCCACCACCUCUCCAAGGUGCACUUCGUGAAGGACGCCGGCGAGGAGUCGCCGCGUCUCAAGUCCCCGGCCGCCCAGAGCCCCAAGUCCUUGCCGAUGGCCUCGCCCAAGAGAUCCGGAUCCGCCUCCCGGAGUCCUGCCACAGCCAUGCAGCAGCCGCCUCCCUCGCCCACCAUCAAUCCCUACGACGAGAGUCCGCAGUCCAAGUUCCUCAAGUACACGGAGCUGGCCAAGCAGUUGUCCUCCAAGAAUGCCUAAGGAUCAAGGAUCAAGGACCAAUUUAAAGUCGAGAAGUCACUUUUAAAACAGUUCCAAUAACUGCAAGGACAUCUUAUAAAAAUUAUUUAAUUUUUUUUGAAAAUCAUUUCGAGUGACUUGCAAGGACCUCCUUUAUAAUUCCCAACUUAACAGUUAACUGAGAUUCGAGGACUCUCUCUGCACUGAUUUCUGAUCGUUGAGAGUCUGCGAGAUUUGUUUGCCAAUUCGCUCUCUCGAGCGCCACAUGGCGAGUCGCACGCUCGCUCUCCCCCAAUCUCUUGCAGUCGCUCUCUCAGUUGGAUUUCCCCUCUUUUGCUGAAUUGCCAAGCAUUUCCCCUCAUGUUCCCCAUGUUCCCCACGAUGUGACGUCAUCGUCGGAGUGCUCUGGUCCGUUUUUAUUGUUUCCCAAUCGGACAUCAUGCUAUCGCACUCACAGUGCAAGCGAGAGGCAACGAGUGGAAUUCAAUUACCACCGUUUGACGAACUGCUGUCGGCGUGCUGUUGAGACGGCUAUAUAGACUGGUCUGUUUGACGAAAGGCGACGACACGAGUUCGUCAAAGUUGGAUUGGAUGGAGGCGAAGGCCUACCUCCCCCAUCCCCAUUGCCAUGCCGGAGUGGUUGGGGAAAGAGUGAGUGAGCAAAAACUAUUGAGUGGAAACCGGUUUUUGAGUGCGAUUGUGAGUCGAAGAUAUAAAGAUUAUUAAUUAAUUUGUUAAUUAUGCCGCAGUUCCUGGUCAAAAGAAUCGAAUAGAAAGCGUGCCAAAAAAAAGAAAAAUACUUAAUUCUAAUGGUAAAACAAUUAAAUCACUAAAUCUAAGCAAUUACAAACGAAUGAAACGCAGUAUACGUAAAAAAAAGGUAAAAAUGUUAACCUCAUUGAUCCUUAACGAGAUAAUGUAAAUAUUUAGCUAAUAGCACUUUCCUUCCAUAUGUCUAAAGAUUAUCAAAUAUAUAUAUAUACAAAGAAAUCAAAAGGUAGCCACAGCAACGCAUGUAUACGCAAAAAAUUAUAGAGAAACAAUUUUAAAAAUUAUAUAUAUACUCAAACAUAUGAAUCUAUAUAUAUAUAUAUAUAUAUAUACACCCAUGUAUACCAACUCCAAUCUCAACAAUAACUAAGAAUCUUAAUAAUCUAACCUAAGAACUAAACCUAAGAUGGCAAGAACAUUGCAGAAUGUAUAACAUUUCAUUAUCAUUACUAUCAUUAACAAUCACUAUCAUCGUUUAAGUCUACGAUAUACUACGAUAACUAUGUAUACGACUUGUAUUUGAGUUUUUGUGAUAUUAUUUUUAAAUCGAAACAGUUUGCUUCCCUUUUGCCACGCCCCUAGUCCUGCGAUCCCUACACCUCUUGUAUCCUGUACCCCCACCACCACCCCUCUUAGACCGUAAGUGUAAGUUAUAUAAAUGCAAUAAAGGCGCAGCAUUCAAAAUAUAA